AUGGCUACAAACACCCUGCUGAUCGAGGGAUCGUUCGACGAACUCGCAGAUGAACUCGCCCGCCGCUUCCCUCGAUCCGCAAAGAAGGAACAGAGCGAGGAGGAGUUGACGGAGGAGCAGACAAAACAGGUCCAGGAUGAGCGGGUCGAGGUGCUCAAGAAGAUGGUUCUUGCGGCUCCAGUGCUUAAUGCCGCUCCAGAAAAGGGUAUAUACCCCUUCUCCCAGCCUUUUUCUCCGUUUUCAGGGUCGAGCUCUGUCGACAUGUUCUUGCCCAAAAUCUGCGCGUUCCUGGCCAAACCAAUGCCCUCGUCGCCGCUGCAUGGCCCUUCCAUUGCCCUGUCUAUCCUGGCGACCGUCUUCAAUACUCUGGACGCCGACGACUCCAGCAGAUACCACGUCUUCCUUGCCGUCAUGGCUGUUAUCAGAAGCACAUCCUCCGCCCUCGCCUUUGAGGCACUAAAGUCCCAACUGGCAAACCAAUUACCUGGCUGGAUCGAAUCCUGGGACCUGGACGAAGACGAGACUCAGAAGCUGCACAUGUCCAUUUCUGACGCUGCCAGGGCCGCCGGUGAUGCUGAGCUCUCAUACCACCACCUCAUCCAGGCACUGCACGCCAUCCAGCCAUCCGAAGCUGCGUCUAAAGAGGCACGAGAAAUGGCCGUCCGUUGCCUUACCACUGCUCUCUCCCUCCCAUUCGUCUUCGACUUUACCCCACUAACAUCCAGUGAUGCCGUCCAAAACGUUCGAUCCACAGAUGCUUCCCUCUUUGAGCUUCUUGAGAUCUUUUCCACCGACAACCUCGACGCCUACGAGGAUUUCAUAAAGACUACCCCUGUCUCCUCCAUCCCUGCCCUAGCAUCCGUCAAGACCAUCGCGCCCACCAACACCACUUCUACCGCUUCGAGCGAACCGCCAUCCGUGGACUCUAUUCUACAGACUAAAAUGCGUCUUCUUACUCUUGCCAGUCUUGCGGCAAAGGCGCCCUCUCGCUCUCUACCCUACGACGAUAUCGCCACUGCCCUGCGUAUCGAUCGAGCUGACGUGGAGAAGUGGGUCAUCGACACCAUCCGUGCCGGCCUGGUCGAAGGAAAGCUCUCCCAGCUCAAGGGUGAGUUCCUCGUCCACCGCGCUACCUACCGUGUCUUCGGUGAGAGACAGUGGCGUGAAGUCCAGGGCCGUCUCAUGGUCUGGAAACAGAGCCUCGAGAACGUUCUCGAUGUCAUCCGCUCCGAAAAGGAGAAGUUUGCCAAGGAGGCUGCCUCUGCCGCAAGCGCUCCUGCCCAGACAUCCGGUGAAGGCGACCGGUUCUCAUUCGGAGGUAGAGGAGGCGGCGAGCGAAGGAGAGGAGGACACCAAUCGCACCAGCACCAGGCUAGGGAUAUGGAGUUGGUUGCCGGCGGUGACUAG